AAGUGAACCAAGCAAAAAAAAAAAGAGGAACCUGCAGACUGCAUCACUACUACUGAUUCUUGGCGGCUUAACGGCGGGUUCAUCAAACUACUAGUUCAACGCCGUCAACGAUCACAAUAAUGCGACAAAUUUCCAAGAGUGUUCAGGCGAUUGCCCGUACGUAAUAUGAACAAAUCCGAUGGCGACAAGGCACUGAGCAACGAACGGAAGAACAAGAAGAAAAUAGUACCGAACAAAAAUGUUCCCGACUCCAGAUCGUCUGCGACCGGAAGUGGUGGGUUUCACUCGUUUUUCCGCUGGUUCCGCAAGGACCAGAGAGAUCCAGACCUCGAGCUGCCCCAGGUCGUUGAUAUCCGACAACCACAACCCGUACAGGCUGAACCGAGCACUCCAGCAGCAGUAGCAUGCGCCAGUAACCCGCAAGUGGCCAGCGAAACUUCGUCCGAUGAGGUGAGCCAAAGCAACGGAACGCACAGUUCCUCGCCGAGUCCGAGCCCAGUGAUAGACUGCAAUAACUUAUCGAAAGCCUCCAGCUGUGAUAGUAUCCUUAGUACGGCCACCACCGGUUUCGCGUUCGUGCCACCGAAUUGCUACGACGAAGUGAUCGGCAGGCUGCCCCAGACUGAACGUGUCAUCAACCCGGGUCCGUACACCGAUAGCUACAAGCGACGCGUAAGGCAACUCGACCAAACGCGAGAGCAGGACAAAAAGAAUGACCUAACUCUGCGCAAAAAGUACAAUCUAUUCUCAAGCAUACGAUCAGCCGCACCGAAACCUCCCGAACGGGACGCAACACUUACGAGACACAACCAAAAGCCAACUUACCCCGACCUCAGUCUACCGAGCACUUCAAAAGUUACCGCAGAAGCAAACAAAAAUGACGAUCCCACUGAUUCUACCGUGAAGAGACACCGUCGCACGGUCAGCGACAGCUCCAAGGACAGAAAAGCGGGCGCUUACGUCCACGUCCGUGGAAAACGUCGGGCACCUCCGCCACCUCCUCUAGAUCUCAACGCAAACUCGCAAGGAACGCUUUCCAACCAAUCGCAAAGCUCAUACGGAACGCUAUCGCCGGGAUCAACGCUUUCUCGUAAGAAACGACCUGCUCCGUUACCACCGCCACGAUCACCCACGUCCCCAACACUGAACGAAGCAGUGUCCAACACUAGUCUACUCGAAGAUAAAGAAAUCAAAGCCAUAAUCGAAGGAACCUCCCGCCCGAAAUCCCCCACAUUCAUAAUGCCAAUCCGAACGACACCUCUGCCAGGAAUCAGCGAAGAGCGAACACCCGGAGGACUCACGGAAGAACAAAAGCAACAGCUGAUCGAUAACAUCAGACGGGUACAAACACCCGAAGCAGAUCCUCCAACGCCAACCAACGCUCCUUCGCCAUCGUUUAUGCUCACCAACAACGAUGUGAUGAAACUGGAAGAAAACUUCAUCAACACCAACGGAACACGAUCGCCAAUACACGACUACCUCUACGCAGAAGCCGUCAACAGCAACGUCAAGCCGGGAAUACCAACAUCGCCGAUCUCUCCCCGUCCCUGGUACAAGCGUCCCAUUUCCGGAACAAAGCAACAGGAAAGCUCCCUUCCGUUCAAGAAAGACAUCAUUCUGAAAACAAUCGACAAGCGGAAGGCCAAACAACGUGACAAGGAGGAUCUGCCCGAAGUUGGAUACUGUCGCAACUCACUGGUAGACACGGGCAGCACAAGCCACUCCGCAACCAAAUUCAACCUGUUUGCCAAGAUCACCGAGAAAUCCGACGAUACGAAGCGACGCGAGAGGGAUAACGAAAAGCGAAAAUCCGGCAUCGGAAUCCCCAGCAUCAGCGAACUCGAUCGGGAAGCUGCCGAGAUCAUCAACAAGGAAAACGCCCUCAAGCAAACUCACCAAGCUGCGGAAAGCGACCUUUACUUCUCGGCACCGGAACAGCUGGUGAAGCGAAGCAGAUCCUUCGUCAGCAAAGAUGAACCGGAAUCGAUCGAUCAAGCAAGCGGAAAACCGAAAUCAACCAAAGAACUCAUAUCCAGGUUUGAAGCGACUUCCACAAACAUAAGCAAAGUGACGGUGAAUCCGUCCUUUAUCCCAAAGAAGGACUACUUUGGCGAGCCACGAAACACGCAACCUACGCCACCGGACUCCAAGGAGAACACUCCACCGCAAGGCAUCGUCAAAACGGGAAGCGACAAAAACCUGCUCGGCCUGUGGUCAUGCCCGUACUGCACCCUGGAAAACCCCAACUGGAGAAUCAUCUGUGAAGCGUGCGAACGCAUCAAACCGUACGAAAAGCUAAGCAUUCUCGAGGAACCCCCACUGCGACCCAAUCACCCACUGAAGAAGGCAAUCCCUGAGGUAAAACCACCACCGCAACAGCCUACCGCCGAAGAUUGGGACAAGAAAACGGAACGCGUGCUCAAGUACUUUAUGCCCAAGACGAACCCAACCAUGGGCAGUGGUGGAACGCCAGAAUCGCCCAAAAAAUCGUUCGGACAAGCUAAGAUGCUUGCAUCGCCGAAAAUGGGCGUCAAGAGUUUGAUGAACCGCAUGUCACCGGACAAACCGAACGGCUUUAGAAAUUUCAACGCCACUCCUGACGUGUACCACACGACGAACAAGUUUGACGACGAGAAACUGAAGGAAAACGCUGUUGUUGUGACAACAGUUCCAACGGUGGUUGCUCCACUAGCUUCUCCGGAACCUACUGUGGAAGGAGUGCCUACCAGUCAGAUCGACAUAGACGAAGUUCGCAACGCACGAAUCGCUCGGUUCAGCACUAACCUUGACAAGAACGAUGACGAGCCACCAAAGCACGUGCAAGACAUGGACGAUGAAGCGCUGGAGAAGGAAAAGGAACGCUUACGUGAGAUGAUUCGAGCGAUGAACGCCAAAGCGCUGGCAGACAAGUAUCCUGUGCUUCAGAAACCGCCCAGCAGUGGCCCAGCAAAGCGAGAAUCGCCACUAAUGCAACGAAGGAACGGGUUCAUCUCGGGUAUUCCAGUCUCUACCAACAGUCCCAAGCCGAUACGUAAGGCAAGUCCGACAAUGGCGAAAAGAGCCGCGCCAAUUGUCGAGGAGCAUCCACCCGUCGUAGCGGAACCGUACAAGCUGGGUGCGAUCAAGAAAACGUUCGUUCGAAAAACUGAGGAACCAAAGAUCAUCAACCAAGAGGUGAAGAGUCCUGCUAGGGAGCAGAACCUGAGCCCACAAACAAUACCAAAGACCGUUACCGAACUGAACGAACCAAAGCUGAUCCUGACCAACGACGUUCAACGAAUUCGCUACGAAGUGAUGGACGAAGAACAGUUCAAGCAGCAGAACCCAGCUCCACGGCAAGACUCACUCACACGUCAGGCACCGUUCUCCGAUCAGCAAAACGAGAAGGUCCGUCAGAUAUCGCACCAGCUGCGUUCGGCCCAAGGAGUUCAGCAUUUCAAGAACACGCUCAAGUACGCGGGAACUUCGAUGACCCGAACGAACACGCUGGCGAUCAACAAGCUGCUGAGGAACCUGGAGUUGGCGAUCGGCGAGGGAGCGCACGACAAGGCCGCUCGGCUGGCGAUGGAUCUGGCCAAGAUGAAGGUGUCGCUGUCGGUUACGCGGCAGAGUCCGGGCGGGUCGGACUCUGGAUCGUCGGGAAGUCUCACGGAAACUAGCAUCACCGUUUACAUCAACGACAAGAACAGCCGGAAGGGUCCGCUAAAGGUCAGCGUUUCGUCGACACUGACGCUAGCCCAGUGGAAGCUGAAGUUUGCCCGGGAUUACGGAAUUCCGCUCGCAAUUCAGCGCUGGGUUUGCAACGACCUGUAUCUCUCGAACGAGCGCAAAACGCUGUACGACUACGGUGUGGACGUCGACCACGUGCUGCAGCUGUACAUUGUAAGCGAAGCAGUGAAGCCCCUGAAACCGUUGGGAACAACGGUAGCAGCUGCUUCCGUGGUCAAGGUUGAGGAGAAGGUCGUUCCAGUGAUGACUGUGGUAAAGCCCCAGUUCAGCAAGACCGAGGCAAAGAUACUGUCCGUGUCGGAUUCCGACGGAGAUGGGUCCGAUACGCAGAACGAGAUGCAUGAGGAUGAUUCCAAGCUUGGAGCAACAGCGCUGCCAACAAUCUCCGAGAACAACGGACCUCAAAAUGAUACCGAGGAGGGAUGGGUGUGUCCACUGUGCACGCUGAUCAAUCCACCGAAUCGUCCUGGCUGUGGAGCAUGUUCCGAGGCAAGACCAGCUUCUUACGUAGUCCCUGCUCGUUAUAGAACAAACGACGACGAAUUAAUUCCGGAAGAACUGAAAAGAUUCAUCCAGGAUGAUGUCCGGAAAUCUUCCGAUGUUCAGCUUCGGAAUCCUCCCAAAGAGUUGCGGAAUGAUCUCAAUCGCGUGUCCAGCAAUCGAAAGUCUUCGGACAUUUUCAACAUCUUGCUGGAUGAAAGUAAAGUCGCGGAAUCACAAACCAGAACCAGUCAACCCAAUCCAAGUACUACGGAUCUGUUGACCACGAGACAUAUCCAGGUUCCCGAGCAGAAGAACAUUGUGAUGACGGCCUUUGCUAGUCCAAACAUAACCCGGAACAAGUACCGGGGAGUGGACAACUUCAAUCCGAACUCGUACAACAACGGAGUGGCACCCGCGCCAAAGGAAGGACCCAUCAUCAGCACUGCCAGUCCGAUAGUCCGAGCGGUUCUCUUGAAGGAAAAGAAGCCCGUCAAGUUCGAGCGCAAUGGGCUGGUAAUGCCGGACGAUGAAACAGACGUAACGAAUCACUACAUGGAGCUGGUUAAUCUGGAUUCUGCAGAUGUAAUCGCGAAUGUCGAUGCGUUCGAGUGCCCCAUUUGUUUCGGAACCUUUGAGCAGUACGAAGGAGUUGUGCUGCGCGAUUGUCUGCACACAUUUUGCAAGGAAUGCCUGGCGAACACGAUCAACUUCAGCGAAGAAGCGGAAAUCCGGUGUCCGUUCAUGGAUGCCGUGUACAGCUGCGAGAGUGUCAUCACGCAACGCGAGAUCAAAGCUCUGGUCACAAAGGACAUGUAUGAGGCCUACCUGGCACGGUCCAUCCGACAAGCGGAAAGCAAGCUGGACAAUACGUUCCACUGUAAGACGCCCAACUGCCGCGGCUGGUGCAUCUACGAGGACAACGUCAAUCAGUUCAAGUGCCCCGUGUGUACGAUCGUAAAUUGCCUCACGUGCAGAAAUUUCCCACCGACGACGGCAACGGUUGCCGUGGCCGGUCCAUCAGGACUGCCGAUGCAAGGGCUGAACGAGGCUGGACCUUCUAGAGCUGCAGUUCGUUUGUCGAUCGAGCGCAAGCCCUCGCAGUACGAACUGCUGAUGCAGCUAAACAAGGCGACCGAUCUUAUCAGAAACUGCGAGCCAAGCGAAUGCUUCCUCUGCAGUAAAAUGAUCCAAACGAGCCGCGGCGUAGUACUUGUCAACUGCUUGCACACGUUCUGCGGCAACUGUCUGCAGACUUCGUUGCUGGAACACGCCACCGUCCGGUGUCCCUACCCGUACGGUCAGUUCGAGUGCGAUGGGACGCUUGAGGAUCGCGAGAUCGAGUCGCUGCUAGGCCCGGAAGAGUACAAGGGCUUCCUUCAGCGGCAGUUCGAAGUCUAUCAAACGGACGAAGCCCCAAAAAGGGCGAUCCUGCCGGAGGAUUUGGAGCUGCUGGUGACGCUGACCGACGCCAGCGUGGUGCCCAACCCGGAAGCGUUUGAGUGUCCGGUGUGUAUGGGUCCGUUCGAGGCCUACGAAGGGGUCAUCCUGCGGGAUUGCUUCCACUCCUUCUGCCGCGAGUGUUUGGCCAGCUCGAUCAAGCACGCGGACGACGUCGUGGUGCGCUGCCCCUUUCAGGAUGAGAAUUACGCCUGUGACAGCAUGAUUCAGGAUCGCGAGAUCAAGAGUCUGCUGAGCGAAGGCGAAUACAACGCUUAUUUGGGCCGAUCGCUGCAAAAAGCGGAGAGUUUGGCGGUGAACUCGUUUCACUGUAAGACGCCGAACUGUAACGGGUGGUGUCUUGUUGAGGACCAUGUCAGCGGUUUCCGUUGUCCUGUGUGCGGUUCUAUGAACUGCUUGGAGUGCAAGGCGAUCCACCCGAACAUAGGCUGCGAGGAGUAUCAGGACCGCCUGAACGGAAACUACGAGCUCAAGUGCUCGGAACGGCAGGUGCAGGCCCUCAUCAGCUCGGGCGAAGCGAUGCGCUGUCCGCGGUGCACGGUGGUGGUGCAGAAGAUUGCCGGCUGCGACUUUGUGCCGUGCACGGUCUGCAAAACGGGCAUCUGCUGGGCGACGCGCGGACCCCGCUGGGGACCGCUCGGCCAGGGCGACACUAGCGGGGGCUGCCAGUGCGGCGUUGGCGGCCGCAAGUGCCACCCAAGCUGCCGGAACUGUCACUAGGGGUGGAGGCGCUUAAAGACGGUCGGUUAUCUAAGGAUAGUACUUUAUUUGCUGAUUUUUUUGUUUUGUUGAUCAGAGAGUUUGCGAUAUUUCAAUGGGGGGGAAGGAGAUAUCUUUUUUUGCGUAGACUUUACUUACUGACGACUUGGGGUCUCUCCACAGGUCGCGGUGCUUCACGCCAGUAUUUUAUACAAAAUCAACCGCGUCGUUACCACACGCGCAUCAGUUUCAUUUCACACUCACAAACUCGGGUGCCUUCGUGCGGUUCAAGCAUUUGAAUUCAAUUACAUUAUUAUUAUACUGCAUCGAUGAGCGAUUACACAAUUUUUUACUUGUUUACUUGUUAGGGACGACGCCAAAAUCCGAAAUCCAUGAAACUCUCACAAGAUAUUGUCGUCCAAGUUGCUAUUUCCCGUGAUGUUUGCUGAUGUGACGUUGUUGUUGUUGUUCCUCAUAGCUGGGCAUUUCGCACCAGAAUCGUACUGACUUCCUUAUUCUCUCUGCGUUUUUUGGGGGUCCUUCGAGAGGUUCGACGUUGCAUUUCCGGCUUCUGAUUUGGGUUUUGGGAAAUACACAAUAUACAGAAGAGAGAGAAUACGGGUCUGAGUUUGCUUUUGCUUGCAGCCGACGAUCGUCGUUGGUCGUUGAUGGUGGAUUUUAAAGUUCCUGGCGCCCUUCUUCUUCAGCUGGUGAUCCUUUCGUGCUAGAGAAUUUACGGGGUUGAGGGGACUGCGGCCUAGUUCCUGUCUCUGUGGUUUUGUGUGUCUGUGACUGUGGUUCGGUUCUACGCGCCCUAUCUAAGUGCUAAUAUUUAUUUUUUGUUGUAAAUCAUUAACAGCAGCUUACUUCUUAGAGAAAUGUUAGGUUUUUUUUCUGUUUUGCAAAUCGGAUAGAAUCAAUACAAUCGAGGGAAAUCUUUGCAAAUACUGUUUUGUUUCCGAAAACGAAACAAUUCUUUGCCAGAUUACUGUUUUUGUUAUGCCCACGCGAAAUUUACCGCGCAAAUAUUUUAGGGAUAAACCUUAAAAAAAACUCCUCGCAUCAAUCGAUGCGAUGUGUUUGGAUAAAAAUAAUGAUAAGCGAGAAGCGCUUACCAAAUUACAAU